AUGGCUGCCUCCACCAUGUCCGUCUGCUCCAGCAACCUGAGCUCCUCCUGGGAGGUGGACAACUGUCCAGAGAGCUGCUGCGAGCCCCCCUGCUGUGCUCCCAGCUGCUGUGCCCCGGCCCCCUGCCUGACCCUCGUCUGCACCCCAGUGAGCUGUGUGUGCAGUCCCUGCUGCCAGGCAACCUGUGAGCCCAGCCCCUGCCAGUCAGUGUGCACCAGCUCCUGCACCCCCUCGUGCUGCCAGCAGUCUAGCUGCCAGCCAGCUUGCUGCACCUCGUCUCCCUGCCAGCAGGCCUGCUGUGUACCCGUCUGCUGCCAGCCCGCCUGCUGUGUACCCGUCUGCUGCAAGCCCGUGUGCUGUGUGCCCGUCUGCUGCAAACCUGUGUGCUCUGUCCCCAUCUGCUCUGGGAUUUCCUCUUCUUGCUGCCAGCAAUCUAGCUGCCAGCUGGCUUGCUGCACCUCGACCCCCUGCCAGCAGGCCUGCUCUGUGCCUGUUUGCUCUGGGGCAGUCCCUUGUUCAUCCACCUGCUGCAGACCCUCAUCCUCCGUGUCCCUGCUGUGCCGCCCUGUGUGCAGACUCGCCUGCUGUGCCCCCACCUCCUCCUGCUGUGCCCCUGUCUCCUGCUGCCAGCCCAGCUGCUGCCGCCCAGCCUCCUGCGUGUCCCUGUGCUGCCGUCCUGCCUGUGCCCGCCCAGCCUGCUGUGGCCUCUAA